UUUCAGAUGACAGCCCGAACAGAAAUAGAACAUCGCCAUCUUUACUAUAAACGUAGGUCUUCUUGCAGUCAUGGCAUUUACAAAAGUGAACCCCAAAAGACACGAUCCGCAACAUCUGCAACGACAGAAGGAGGUACGAGUGCAGAUCGUGAGGAAGAAAUGAUCCGUUCGAGACCUCCACGCGUUAAAUCUACAAGUGUUUGUGUAGGAUCACUACAACUCGAAGGAGAACGUCGUCUAACGUCUCAGUCUCCUCGAACACUCAACGAUUUUCAGUUUUUGAAUCCUGAAACAUUAACAAUGCAGAACUAUGAGUUACAGACAAUCAGACCUCCAGCGAUAUCGACAUCUGAAAUAUUUAAUGAACCUCCACCAGUGUACAUCUAUCGAGUUAUUCCACCCCAUGAGAGAAAUAUAACCUCGAAGAAACCACCAAAUAAAGUGCUGGAAUAUCUGAAAGGACACAAGCACACACUGAUUGCCUGGACCUUUGGAAUAUUCGCAGUCACACUAUGCACAGUUGUCGUUGUAUUGCAGUGCAAAUCUAAUUUUAAAUAAUAAUCAAAUAUGAUGUACAUACUGUAUUCUGUGAAUAUUCAUACAAAUCUUAAAGACAUCAUAACUGACCCAUCGAAUUGGUGAGCACAUAAUAUUGAUAAUAAAAUUGAAUGUAACCU